AUGGAAUCAUCAGACCAGCUCCCACUAAGCCCAAGCCCAGAGGCGGUUGAGUCGGCCACCAGCCUCUAUAACGACGUCAAUCUCAGAUUUCCUCAGGCCAUCAGAAACUUUGAGUCCAAGUGGACGGCAUGGAUUAAUGUCUGUGUUACGGAAUCUCCAAGUUUGUACUCAUGUACAGAAAUGGAUGAGUUCAAUACGGUCAAGACUCUCGGUUGUAAGAUUAUCCCAUUUGUGGUAUAUAAGCUUGCAAAUGACGUCGCUUCCCAGAAUUGGUGGGGUGUAUUUUUGUAUAACAAGCUAGAGUGGGACACCGACUAUUUCACUAAACGGACUAGGCGUCUAGCCUCCCGAGAAGAGGCGCAGUAUGAAGCCAUCCAGAUCGUCGAGCUCAACUAUAAAAGAAAUAGAAUCGUCGAAGAACUUAUUUCAGCGUGGCGAAUUCGAACUCCCUUCGACGGAAAGGUGAUACACAACGAUUUUACCUCCCCUACAGACACCGACGAGUAUAGAAAUCUCGUCAAACUGGGCCCGAGUAUUAUCCCGCAGAUAAUGGUCGCAUAUGAGCAGAUGCUUGGCGGGGCCUGGCACGAUUUGCUGUAUGAGAUGAUCCACGGCCAUAGGAUGGGCUUGAUGUGCUACCAGAAGCCCAGCUUGUAUAAAGAGUGGGAGAAGUUCUUCAACGAGCGCGGUUGGGACCAGGCUCCCAUGUAUGUUCCUCGUGAAGGAGAUCUUACUAUUCCCGAUCUUGAAGAGAUAAGAGCUGAGUGUUCUAUCUGCCAGAGGGUGAAACCUAGAAAGUCUUAG